CUGCUUUCGGCGAUUCUUCGAUGCAAUUCAUGACCAAAAUGACUUGGGCAGGAAGUUGCCAAGGAAGUCUCUCAACAUUUCUUUUAAAGCCUCUGAUCAACACGCUUUCUCUUGAUCAUUUCUUCCAUGGCUGUCCAAGCAACUUCUUCCUCUUCCUCUUCUUCUUCUCUCAGCCGUCAAUGGGGUUACGAUGUGUUCUUGAGCUUCAGAGGCACAGAUACUCGCAACACAGUUACUGCCCGUCUACACAAGGCUUUGACUCAGAAGGGAAUCAACACCUACAUAGACGACGACAACCUUAGAAGAGGAGACGAAAUUUCAGCAGCACUUCUGGAAGCCAUUGACGAGUCAAGGAUUUCAAUCGUUGUACUCUCUGAAAACUAUGCGUCAUCGUCAUGGUGCUUGGACGAGCUGGUUAGGAUCGUCGAGUGUAAGAAAUCAAAGCAACAGAUCGUUCUGCCGGUGUUUUACAAGGUAAAUCCGUCGGUAGUACGGGAUCAAAGCGAGAGUUAUGGAAAAGCAUUGGCUAAACUUGAAGAAAGGGUCAAGGAUGACAGGUUGCAGAGGUGGAAGGCAGCCCUAAAAGAAGUGGCCGAUUCGUCCGAAUGGCGUUUAAGGAAGAAAGGGAGUGAAUCAGAAUUUAUCAAGAAAAUUGUUCAAUGGGUCUCAAGAGUUGUAAAUCGUACAUACUUAAAUGUUGCUAUGCAUCCGGUUGGAGUAGAUACCCAUGUACAAGAGAUCAACUCACAUUUAAGUAUUGGGAUGAACGACACACGAAUGAUAGGGAUCUUUGGACCUGGUGGAAUUGGGAAGACGACUAUUGCCAAAGCGAUCUAUAACUUGAUUGCUUAUCAAUUUGAAGGUAGCUGUUUUCUUACAAACACUAGAGAAACAUCAAAGCAAGACCUUGGCUUGGUCCAAUUGCAAAAGACACUUCUUCGUGAGAUCCUUGGAAAAGUUGGAAGUUUGAAGUUUGAUGAAGUUGAUCAAGGAAUCAAUGUGAUGAAAAAGAGACUUCGCUCUAAAAAGGUUCUUUUAAUUCUUGACGAUGUAGAUCAGUUGGUCCAAUUAGAAACAUUGGCAGGAAAACAUGAUUGGUUUGGUUUAGGAAGUAGAAUCAUCAUAACAACAAGAGAUAGAAAUUUACUAACUAAACAUGAAGUUAAUUUAAUGUACAAGGUGGAGGAAUUGGAUCACAACAAAGCUCUUCAACUCUUUAGCUUGCAUGCCUUCAAAAAAGACAGGCCUGAGGAUGACUACUUGGAACUUACUGAACAUGUAAUACAGUAUACUGGGGGCCUUCCACUAGCUUUGACAGUGUUGGGUACAGAUCUACAUGGUAGAAGUGUACAACAAUGGAAAAGUGCAUUGGAUAAGUAUAAGAGAAUUCCUAACAAAACUAUACAAGAAAAACUUAGAAUAAGUUAUGAUGGAUUGGGUGACACCGAGAAGAAUAUUUUUCUUGACAUUGCAUGUUUCUUCAAUGGACAGGAUGCAGAUUAUGUUAUUAAAAUACUAGAUAAUUGCAAUUUCUUUCCAAAUAGUGGUAUCAAAGUGCUUAUGGAUAAGUCUCUCAUAACUAUCGAUGAGUUUAACAGAUUGAUGAUGCAUAAUUUAUUGCAAGAAAUGGGUAGAGAAAUUGUUCGACUAGAAUCGCCCAAAGAACUUGGCCAGCGUAGUAGAUUGUGGUUUCAUGAAGACAUUCGUCAUGUACUAGAAGAAAAUACGGGAACAAACAAAAUUCAAGGCAUAUUGGUAGAUUUGCUUGAACAAGACCCCAUAUGUCUGAGUCCUGAAGCCUUUGAGAAGAUGAAAAAGCUCAGAAUAUUUAUAAACCAUAAUGCAUGCUUUUCAGAAGAGCCUAGUUUUCUCUCUAAUGAGUUAAGAUUACUUGAUUGGCCUGACUAUACCGUGGAAUCUUUACCACCCAAUUUUCAAGGAGAGAACCUUGUUGUUUUUAGAAUGCGUAAUAGCUGCCUUCAGGGAGUAAAGGGAUUCCAGAAUUUUCAAAACUUGACAAUUUUGGAAUUUUCUAAUUGUAAAUUCCUAAGAAAAAUCCCAGAUGUUUCAGGGAUCCCAAAUUUAAAGGAAGUGACUCUUGAUGGCUGUACAAAUUUAGUUGAGCUUCAUCAUUUUGUUGGAUUCCUUGAUAAACUCCUUGAUUUGAGUCUUCAAGAAUGCUCUAACCUUAGAAGUUCUCUGAGAAGCUUCAAGCUGAGAUCUCCUGAAUAUCUUAGCCUUGAAAACUGCUCAAGGCUUAAGAACUUUCCUCCAAUUGAGUCUCUAAUGGAAUGUGUAAGAAGCCUUGACUUACAAUACAUUGGUAUAGAAGAAUUGCCUUCGCCUAUUGGGUACCUCAUUGGGCUUAAGGGAGACCAUCCAUUUGGCAUUACACUUUGGGAAAAUAAGAUUCCAAAUCAGUUUAGCCAUCAUAAAGGGGCUUCAAAUGGUAACUCAUGUGAAAUAAAUAUUGAUGAAGCUUGUGAAAUAGAGAUUAAUGAGCGUGCAUAUAUGGAUGGAGAGAUGAGAGGGAUUGCUUUCAAUGCUGUUUUUGGAAUAAUGGAUGGACAUAUGAAAGAUUCUUUUGAUUUUUUUGCUGAUGUCAGCAAUGAUGGUUCAGAUAAUGUUUGGUUGCACUACCAUGUUCGAGAAUCUUUUAAGCUAAAGGGAGAUGAUUUGCAAGUUUGUUUUGGAUUUGAGUCAGAUUCAGUGUCCCUCAAGAAUCGUAGAGUCUGUAUGGUACGUAGGCAUGAAGAGAAAGCAACAGAUCGUAUGUUGAAUCCUCAAGAUCUAGGUGUGCUUCAUGAGGAUGUUGAUGUCCAUUUGGGUGUACCUGAUGAAGAUAUUGAAAAUUCGAUAGAUAUGAUGGAUGGUAUUCAACUUACUAAGAGAGGCCGUGAUGAUGAUGAUUAUGCCAACUUGGAAUCCAAUUGGCAUCCACAACAGAAGAGACGUUCAUCAACUUUGGACAUCAAAAUUUCUGAUGAGAGGAUAUGCCACUUGGUGAAUCACAGCUACAGCAAUCAAAUCACCCUUGGCACUUGCUAGAUGCUUCGAGGAUUUGUCUAGAAACCUUGAGGACCUUGUUCAUUUCUUUAUGUACACGCUUUAUACUUAGACUGCAAGCUGGAUUGCUCCCCUAGUGAUCAAUUUUUCUGAUUUUCUUUUUAUGUUCUCUUUUUCAUUCUCCCCUUCUUAAUCGCUCUCUUAUAUACUUCCUGUGUACUUGGGUUGAGCCCCUCUGCGCUCUUUAAUGCAUCUUUACUUAUCAAAAAAAAAAAAAAAUCACCCUUGGCACUUAAACCAGCUAGCUUCUUUUCACUUUUUUCUAUAAGGAUCCCUAUACUUGUUAAUUUUGUUAUGGGUGAAUUGCUCAAUGCGGUGGAUUCAAAGGGCUGUUUGCAGCAUUUGGGUCUUACCUGAAAGAAAAUAGAGUGACUUUGAAUUUUGGCUGAAUAAUACCUCUGUUGUAUUCCUUUCUUUUUAAGGAGAUUACUAAGUACAUGAUAAAUACACAAAGUGCAAAAGAUAACAACUCCAGCUAUUUACAGUUACAAUCUGAUGGCAAAGGUAAAAGUUCCAAAACUGUCAUGAUAAUUUACAGACUCUAGAAGUAAUCACUCCAGAUGAAUCUUCAUCUCUACUCUCUUUAUCGUCUGCAGGAAUAUCCUUUGGAACAGUUGCUACCUCAUUGGAAUUGAUAGACUUUGGAGAGAGUAAUGAGAUAAGCUGCACUGGUAUUGCUGCUGUCAAGUUCUUAUCAAGCUGAUGUGGAGCUGAUGGUGCUGUUGCUGACUGAGUAGUUACAUUAACAUUACCAGCCCACUUUUGAUGCUUCUAAUGGUAAGGCCUUACAGUUCUGUAAUGACACCAAGAUCCAGCCUUUGCCUGCUGAUUUGUCCACUUAAUUAUGGAUCAGGCCGUCCCUAGUCCGGAAACAAAUCUGCCAUUUUUCAAGUUUUUGGUGCGAUUAACAAAUGUGGUUCAAUACCAGAAUGUGCCAGACAUAUUCAGUAUUUGACUAUGAAUGAGUUUGUGCAAGACCAGCCAAUUAGCUAUUUGAGACAGAACCACUAGCUUGAGUUAUAACAACUGUAAGUGCUUCAGUAGGGCUUAUCAUUGAACUACCCAUAUAGACUUCAAUUUCAUAAUUGAGCUGUUGCUUUCUUUCAUCAGUUUUGUUACAUGUUAGUUUUGUGUGGCAGUGGCUCCAAGGGAAAGGGGAGGAGGAGACACAUUGCUUUAUUUUUAUGGUCUUGUUAGAGCUUGUACAGUUUUUUGCUUUGUGAUUCUCAUGGGACAAAUUCAUCACCAAUGCUUAAUAAUACUGGA